AUGAAACCAAUCGAUUUACGUAAAUUAGCAACGAAUUUUGCUAAUGAAAAAUCAAAAGAAGAUCUUUAUUGGCAACGAAAUGAUGCAAAAUUUCGUGCUGUACAUCAACGUUGUUCAACAUAUGAUGAAUUUCGACAAAUUGUUGAAGCAGCACAUUUACGUCCACUUGAUCGAAAUGAAAUAUUAACAUUAGAACGAAAAUCUAUAUCAUGGAAUCAAUCAGCUACAAAGGAUUGUUUUUCAUCGCCAGAAACAAUUAUUUCAUCUGAAUCAAUAACAAAUCAUCAAACAACAUUUUUCGUACCAAAAAAUACAACAGAAUUUAUUCAACAAUGGCGACGAAUUUCUUCUAAUAUGAAACUUAAUUAUUUACGUCGAUUAAAUAAUUUAGAAAAUAUUUUUCAAACUGAUAUUCCAACAGAUUUAUUACAUGAAUUACCAUUAUUAUAUCAAUUAAAUUCAUCAUAUAAUGAUGCUGAAGUAAUUAUUGAUAUACUUUUAAAUUUAACAAAAUCAAAACGUUUUGAAUUAAUUAAAAGUUUUUUAACUGAUAAAGAUAAAUUUGAACUUGAUCUUUUAUUUUCACGUCUUUGUUCAUUUGUUAAUUUACGUUUUUCAAUUUUUUUAUUAAGAAAUGUAUAUUUUUCAUGA